AUGGAGGGCGACGGAGCUGCAGACGAGACCUACCUCAAAGAGCUUCGAGAAGCCGAAAACGCAGAUUUAUCUUUGGUGCGAAACAAACAGAUAGUCGUUGUUGCCAAAACUGAAGAUGGAAGCUUGGCGAGGGACUCUGACAGGGCACCUGCAGUAAUUGUAACUCCGGCGUUGGUUCCGCAAGAAAAUUCAAAUGCGUGGGAGCAAGCGUUCCAAUUGUUUAUGUUAGAGACGAAAGAGGUUGGUUCCAUUCCCAUUGAGUGUUUUCAGCUAUCAAUUGGGAUACAAGACGUCUGUAGAACAACUGCUAACCAUUUGCCAUGUAACCAAUCCCGACGUGAUCGUGCGACGCGCCGUCCCAGGUAUGUGAAUCCUCGUACCGGGUGA